CCAAGCUUCUCGCAGACAAGUUUCAACCGCCGAAGCGAGCAGCCGGAGACUCUUCCUCGCUUAACUCACGGUUCGCGAUAUAUAUACUCUCUCGUCAGUGCCUCGAAGCUUAUACCACGGUGUGCGCGAUGCUCACUUGUUGAUCAAGUCUCGAGCGUGUCGCAUUGUUUACACUUCUCGCGAGGUUAGAACGGUUCGAAGAUGCAGAGCCAGCCGCAGCAGGAAAGCUAUGCGUUUUACAGUUCGCUCAACGACAGCUCGGGCAUCCCCAAUAGCGCGGGCAGCUCGGCGAGCAAUUCGCCCGACCACUACGCCGACAGUCGCUUCUCGCCCAGUAACAACCACCUGAUGGACCUCAGCUCACCGAUGCCGGAGCUCCAGGUGAGCUCGAGACUCCCGGCAUUCCAGUCGGCCAUCCACCAGCAGCACCAUCCGCUUAUCCAGCAGCAUCAGCUCUACCCCUCGCCUUACGUCGUCUACGACAACCUCGACGAGAGCAAGACCUUCCCGAAGUUCUUCCAGCAGCCGAGCAACGACGCCAUCGCAGCGAUCGACAGGUACGAGCAGAACCGCCAGUCCUCGCCCGUCGGCUAUCGGGAGCAGAAUCACCAGGAACCGCCGCCGCUGAUGUACCUCGCCGCCGACGCUUACUCCCCCGGCGAGCAGCAGCUUCAGUACCCUUACAAGCUCGAACCCGAGGAGUACAAGCCCGCGGUGGCCCUCCAGCAGCAGCAGCAGCAGCUGCAGCCUCCGCAACAGCCGGAUCAGCUUCAGCCGCGCGAGGAGAACAAGUCGGCGCCGGCGGUCAAGCGCGAGUCCAGCAGCGCCUCGAGGUGCAAGAAGAGGAAGCGCCAGAUCAGCGUCGAGCGGGACAACGAGUCCGACGACAACCACUCGAGCUCCGCCAGCAGCACGUCCAGCUGCUCCAGGUCCAACAAGCUUCGCAGGAAAGGCGGCGCCACCGAGGAGGAACUUCACAGCCAGAGGGUCAUGGCUAACGUUCGCGAGCGCCAGCGCACUCAGAGCCUCAACGAGGCUUUCACUCAGCUCAGGAAGAGCAUACCCACGCUACCCAGUGACAAGCUCAGCAAGAUCCAGACGCUCAAGCUCGCCACCAAGUACAUCGACUUUCUCGAGAAGGUCCUCCACUGCAACGCCAAGAGCGACGGCUCCGACGAUCACGGCGAGAGGAAUCCACAAAACGCAGUGAGAGCAGCAGCCCGUGACUUCGCGGCAGCUUCGCAAGGAGGCAGCGUCAUGGGCCACGAGAAGCUCUCCGUAGCCUUCAGCGUCUGGAGGAUAGAGGGUAAUCUCAACUUCAACGACUAACUCCAAAUGGACCAUGGAACCUCGGGCUCUCGUUUGGCUUUCGCUCGCAGAAAGCUUCGGACGACGAGCCUAUAAUAGCGCGCGUGUAAUUAAAAGCUCGAUUUUUCUCAAACUUUGCUUUGGCUGACGUUUAAAAUAAACCGACGCUCUCCGGAAUAUAUUCGCGACGAUCGAUCUUCCGCUUCGUUAACUGCUUCUCCUUUUUAUUUCCUCUGCGCGACUGCAGCUUUCGGAACUUUUUCGGGAUUAAUUAUAUGGAGAGAGAGAGAGAGAGAGUGAGUGAGAGAGUGUUUUACGACAGCUGGUAAAAUCCAAAUUGCAGGGCCUCGUAGCCGGAAAAUCUGAAGAACGUGACGCGUGCGGACAUAGUCCGUCAUAAAUCUACGCAAGGCCCUUACACUGCUGCGGAUAUUUCCCCGCGACAAUAAUCUCCGGGGCAUUGUUCCGACGGCCAAACACCAGUAAAUACGCCUCAGAGGCGACCGGUGGCCUCUCUCUCUCCAGCUCGAGAGAUCUGCGCACACAGGUAUAUUGUCGUCACACCUCUCGGGAAAACACGUCCCGACGAAUCGAGAGGGACUCGGGAUUAUAUUGUUUCCUCGAGUGCCGGGACGCGUGUCUCGUGAAUUCAUUAGAGAGAGACGAGAAAACAUUUUUUUCUUCGCACUCCGCGAGUGUUUAAAGGAAAACAAAAAGCUUCGCCGCGACAGAUAGGAUUUGAGCGACGGCUUUGAUCGGUAUGCGUAUUUUUGUAAAAAUUCGUAGGUUUAAUUUUAUCGUUUAGGUUACGAUGAUAUUAUAUAUUAUUGAUACACCCCCGUGCUGUACGAAAGCGUUUCACCGCGACGUUAUAGCCAUGCAGUUCAUAAACCAAAGAGACGUGUGUGUGUGUGUGCGUGUGUGUUCGUUAGCGAUCGCUACGAUUAAUGUAAAUAUGCAAAUAUAGUGCCUUGUGAAAGCGACGAUCGACGUUAUAACGAUGUGUACAAAUUGUUUCUUUUUCCACGACGAUGUUGUUACGUAUAAAUUAUUCUUUUAAUUGUACUGUAUUUCGUAGCGUUUAAGAUUAGAGCGACUCUCAUUCCUCAUAGCGGUUAAGAGUGUACAGUAUUUUUAUAUUUCGCAUCUAGACUACUACUACUUCGUUAUAAUAAAAAUAAUUAAAUAUCA